AUGAAAUCGCUCACGAAAAAUAAAUGGUUUAACAAAAUAUCAAAACGAAUUACCUUAAAACCAACUACCAUUCAAACUCAACAAUUUAACAACUCCAUCGGAAACUUGAAUAUUCACUCUAGGAGAUCUGUAGUUAAUAACAAGAACAAUUGUAAUAGUUGUUAUUAUUUAGUUAAGAACAAUUUUGCAGCACAAUUCAAUAACUCCACCAAAAACUAUUCCACUACUCCAACGGGUAAUAAUAACAUUUCUAACCAAAAACAAAAUUCCAUACCUACUACUUCCGAAUCACCCUACGCAAAAUUAAACCCAAUGGAAUAUGAUUUAUGGUCUAAAGAAGAAGUAUGCGCCUUACUUUGCACUGACCAGAAGAAUGGAGGAGCCGGUUUGACCGUUCGUAAUGUCGAGCUAUUAUAUAAGGCUAGUUUUAAUGGUAAAUCUCUUGCCUGUAUUGUUGUUGGUUUACAAAAGGGAACAGAUUAUGCCUAUCAAAAACUCAAAUCAAAAUACCAAAACUCGGGCCAUACUUUAACAGUUGACUUGUUGGAUACAUUGGAUAUUGUUGUAAAUUGGGUUGAUGAUUUAUACAAAACAAGACUCUAUCAUUUGUGGGAAGUUGAAAAAAUUAGAGAGCAACUUAGUAAACCUGUUAAUGAAGGCGGUGUUGGUUUGACCAAGUUUGAAAUUGAUAAUUUAAAGAUUGAAAAAGGCAGCAUUGUUGGUGCCAACAUGGAAUGUAACAAAAAGAUAACUGAUUAUUUAGAGAGAUUCAUUAUUACCAUUCCUCAUGGGAUGUUAUUGGGUGACUCUAUCGUAUUUGAAUUAUCAAAGAAACUAUUGAAUGAAAUUAACAAUUUUUCAGAAAAAGAUUUAACAAGGAAAAUGGUGUAUGAGUGUGUUGAAGAAUUUUAUGAAAGAGCAAGAUUAAUAAUGACUGGUUGGAAAAAUAUAGAAUUACCAUUAAAUUUAACACAAAAAUUACUUGAAAAAAUUGAAAUAGAAUCAUCAGGCAUCGCAUACAUGCAAGCAAAUGACAAGUUGGCAAGUGUAUUAGUUUUUAAAGAAUUACUAAAGUAUGAAUACUGCAACUCAAAAUCUUUAAGAGACUAUACUGGUUACCUUAUUAUGCAAAUAGGAGAUUUGUUAAAAGAUAAUCGUUAUUAUUUUGGGCUUAAAGAAACUAAAGAAACACAAGCUUUUAUUAUUGCUAUUGAUGAAGCAAACAGUUUCGUUUCUUCAUCAUAUUCCAUUCUAUCAAAACUACUUAACCCAAGUAGCAAUCAGCGAUCCCUGAUGAACAUUCUUGCUCAAGAAGCAACAUUAAUUAACAACCUUACUUAUUAUUCAACAAAAAAAGAACUCCACAAAGGAAACAAUAUACUAUAUCAUCUUCAUCUCAAAAUGGAUCCUGCUCAAUAA